AUGUCUGCCCAAAACUCCGCAGGCAUUCAGACGCUGCUUGACGCAGAGAAAGAAGCACAAAAGAUUGUCCAGAAAGAUCGAACGAAGAGAGUAAAAGACGCCAAGACGGAAGCACAGAAAGAGAUUGAAGAGUACCGGAAAGCGAAAGAAGAAGAGUUUAAGAAGUUUGAAACAGAGCAAUCAAGCGGAAACAAAAAGGCCGAGAACGACGCCAACAAGGAAGCCGAAGCUAAGGUCAAGGAGAUCGAGGAGGCCGGCAAGAAAUAUGGCGAUAAGGUGGUGGAAGACUUGAUCAAGGCCGUCACAAAUCCUCAGCCUGAAGUGCCGGAGAAGAUCUCGAGAGAGGAUUGA